CAGCCUGGCAUACUCAAACUAUCGGAAUAUUACCAUGGUGGAGCUGAUUUCUGGUCGCCCCGGAGGGUGCAAGAAGCUCGCAGCCUCUACGAGCAGAAACAGCGUGAUCGUGAGAAGUCACAACACCAAAAAUCUAUCGAUAUGAAGGUCCUAGAAGAGACAAAAUUGCCUAAAGCCCGAGAACUAGAUGUGCGGCGUCACGCGCUAGGUACAGUACUGCGGGCGAAGCAGAAAGCUGAUGAAGCUGAUGAGCGAGCUGCUCGCCAAGUUGCCCGUAGA